AUGAAGAAGGUUGGGAUACCGGACGCGUGGACAAAGACGACAACGGAAUUGGAGGCCGCCCUCUGUCAGGACCGGAAGGACUACCUUGAGGCUAAGACUCAUUAUGCUGCAAAGUGGCAAAAGGACUUUUUGACGGUGCAGGCGGCGAAGUCCAAAAAGAAACAAUGGCGGUCGCGAAAGGCCAGAGACCGGUUCCUGCGGUUACGGCGGAUGAAGCAACGGGAGGAGGCGAGGCGCCGACGCCGCGCUCAGGGAAAAGGAUCUACUGGGGGAUUACACGCGAUCCAAGUCAAAGAAAGGCUGCCUUCAGGCGAAGUGGGCUUGCGGACUGUCUCCGAAAGGAGUCAAGUGGAACAGGGGUGCAUGCAGGAGAAUUGCGCACGGUAUGAUCAGACCAGAUCGCCUCAUAUGACCCCUUCAAUGGAUGCACCAUUGUACCAAAUGUUUAAUGGCCAUGACGCGGAACAAAACUCCCUGGCCCUUCUUGAAGGGCGUCUUCCUCUACCAGAUGGCAUUGGGUCUUUCCUUUCUCAGUGCAGGUUCCACAAAGAUCAUUCUACGUCCCUUCUGGAGGUUUCUACUGAAAAUCACACCUACUUCUGGUCUCGGAAUCCGGAACACAAGGGCUCUGAACCUCAUGACCUGCAUAAUGGCCACUUUAAAUCUGGGAUUCUCUCCCCUAUGGUCGCCCAGUGUGACGCCUUGUUUUGGCAUAUCCCUCUAACUACUGGGUUCGUUCCUGACAACUGGCGACAUUUAAUGAACUUUGCCAUCAAAAAGAAGCCCGGGGAGUUUUGCUUGAAGAAAAUGCGCACAAUUCAGUUGAUGAACUCCGAAUCCCAGGCCAAUUAUAAGCAACUUGGCCGUCUGGUCAUGACUUAUGGCGAAGAACAUCACCUGAUUGCUGAUGGUCAAUGCGGGUCCCGAAAGCACCAUCAAGCGAUCGAUCUUGCCCUGUCGAAGCGGCUGGUGUGGGACCUCCUGAUUCUCCAGCGUCGA